UGUACCUUCCACACAGUAGAACAGCAGCAGAGGGGUCGCGCAACGGCAGCCAGACUGGAGCUUUAAACCUAAAUCAACGGGGUUUCCCGUUUAAAGCAUCACAGUCGAUAGGCAUCGGAUUAGCGAAGUGAGACUAAUCACUCCAGCUAAGCAAACCGUUGUUGCCGGCAGCCACUGAUCCGAUCUGGGGAGAAAAGUCACCGAAUCAGGAAGCAAAAUGGUUCAGAACAAGAUCACCGCCGUAACCGGAUUCCAUCGCUCUUUCAAGGGCCAAAAUCCUUUCGAAACGGAGGAAUUCUCCAAAAGUGGAUCCCACCUUCUUGACUCUUCCUUCAAUUUCGAUUGCUCCACUCGCCCCGACAUGCCAUCCAGCCAGCCGAUCGAUAUACCGGACGCCAAGAAGCGAAACAAGAAGAAAAAGAGGUGCCGGGCGACAGACAGCUUCUCUGGACGUUUUGAGGAUGUCUACAAGCUGCAGGAUGAAGUGCUGGGAGAGGGAGCGUAUGCAAAAGUGCAAACGUGCAUCAGCCAAAUCACGCAGAAGGAAUACGCAGUGAAGAUCAUAGAGAAAAGACCAGGACAUAGUCGAAGUCGUGUGUUUAGGGAGGUGGAGAUGCUGUAUCAGUGCCAGGGCCACAGAAACAUCCUGGAGCUUGUGGAGUUUUUCGAAGAGGAGGAUAAGUUUUACCUGGUGUUUGAAAAGCUAAGAGGAGGCUCCGUCUUGAACCACAUUCACAAACGAAGACACUUCAGCGAGCAGGAAGCGAGCAUUGUGGUGCAGGACAUCGCAAGCGCUCUGGACUUUCUGCACAACAAAGGGAUGGCACACAGAGACCUCAAGCCUGAAAACAUUUUAUGCGAACAUAAAGACAGGAUUUCACCAGUGAAAAUUUGUGAUUUCGACCUGGGCAGUGGAAUCAAGCUGAACAGCGACAGCUCUCCCAUCUCUACCCCAGAACUCCUCACACCGUGUGGUUCUGCUGAAUACAUGGCGCCCGAGGUGGUCGAGGCGUUUAACGAGGAAGCCACCAUCUACGAUAAACGCUGUGACCUGUGGAGCCUGGGCGUCAUCCUGUAUAUCAUGCUAAGCGGCUAUCCUCCAUUUGUGGGUCACUGUGGAAGCGACUGUGGCUGGGAGAACGGGGAGCCUUGUCACGCCUGCCAAAACACACUGUUCGAAAGUAUCCAGGAGGGCAAAUACGAGUUUCCCGAGAAAGAGUGGGCUCAUAUCUCCUGGGGUGCCAAAGACCUCAUCUCCAGACUGUUGGUCCGGGACGCAAAGAACCGCCUCAGCGCCGCUCAGGUUCUGCGGCAUCCGUGGGUGCAAGGGGGUGCUCCUGAUUCUAUCCCAGCCCCCAUCCUGCUUCAAAGGAACAGCAGCGCCAAGGACCUGACGUUUUUCGCCGGACAGGCGAUGGCCGUGAACCGGCAGCUGGCAGAGCAGGACGACCUGGAAGCACAGCGCCAGGAAGAGACGUCUCCUCAGGUGGUGACCAUAGGCGCAUGCUCCAUGCGCCUCUCGCCGCCAUCCAACUCCAAACUGGCCAAACGGAGGCAGAGAAGCAGUGCCCUGAAGGGGGCGCCGGUGUCCGCCGCAGAGCUUAGCCAGCUUCUCGCCCCGCUUGUCCUCAUCGGAGACUGCACCUGAGAGACAUUUCGGUUCCAUUCAACCUGCUGGACAGUCAAAAAAAAAAAAUCAAACAAACAAAAAAAAAAACGUUUAUUGUUUUUGAAGUCUGCCGCCCCCAUCAGCCCCCACCCCCCCAGCCCCCGCCCUUUUCAUUCAAGUGUCCCUCCGUGUAUCCGUGCCUUGUUCUCAUUAAAGGAAUGCCUCACACCAGAAGUAUUUCCUGUAUGCAAAAUGAGGACGCACGAGGCUCGUCCCGAACCCGGUCGCGGCGUCGCUCCCUCCUUUAUUCAUCCUCAGGCUCAUCCAGCACUUCUGCCAGCACGCAGCACAGGGUUCGGGAAACGGAUAAGCAGAGCGAUUAACGCUGACCAUUUUUAUUAGUUUUUUUAAAGGCAGAACAUUUUGAAGCCAGCCGCUCAAGACACCAAAGGACUACGACACCCCCCUCACACAGACACCCCCAUCCCCACCUCCCCUUUCCUCUGCUGCUUCCACUUUUACAACUGGAUCCACUGUGAAUUGUUUUUUUUGUUGUUUUUUUGGUUUUGUAUUGUUUUGUUUUUCCUCCUUCACCGAGAAGACUUUCAGGAAUGUUCCGCUUCCCUUACAUGUGUACGUGCCCGGACGUCCCAAUCAUCAGUAAUAAGAUCCGCACGCUUUAUGCAAUUCCUAAUGACUGCAUCACUCAAGCUGUCAGACUUCUGGGAGAUUUUUCAGUGCUGCUGUGCCUCGCCUCAGCCCGCCUCCAUUAGCGUUAGCAUUUUAAAGCCAACGAAUUCCUGUCAUCAGCAGACAAACCCAUCGCCCCCCCACCCCAUACGAGACGCUUGUACAGCAUUAGACUUUAAACUUCAUUGUCUGUUAUUCGAGGAUUGGCCUCUUGUACCAAAUUAAUGAAGGCACUUAUUAUUUCUGAGGAGGUAUUUUAAUAAAUAUGCGCUAGAUUACGAAUGCAUUUUCUCCAGAAGUGCACUUUGAGAACUCAGAUCGCUCUUCAAUCAUUUCGAAGUCUGCUUAAGUCGCUCUUUCGUCCCUAAAUUAUUUUAAGGAUUUCGCAAGACGUCUUGUAUCGAGACCCAGGAACUUUUCAAAAUUCAAAUCAAGAUCAGAAAUAAAACUCUGGGUCGAUCGAAUGAUCGAGACGAGCACAACAAGGGGGUUAGUCUUUAAGCGCACACAGGGUGGGAUGAUCACGUGGUUAUGCAAGCACAGGUUUGUUUACGUGACUUAAUCAACUCCAGUUGGUCAUGAAACAAGAAAAACGCUCUCUUUGGUUUGGUAGAGAAGCCACGGCCUGAUGGUACAGUGAUUUAGAAAAAAAAUGUUGCCUUAUAGGCACUGCCAAAUAUGUUAAGGAAUUACAAAUCCAUUGCAAGGGCGGGGAGAGGGGUUGUUUUUUGUUUGCUUGUUUUUUUUUUUUUCUUUCUUUUUUUAUUUUGGGUCAUGAAUUAAAAAAAAAAAAAGUAAGAAAAAAAAUGGAAAAGUAUUCCAGGAAAAAAAUAGGUCGGAAAAAUUUACAAAAAAAAGUCUUCCAAAGCAAUGUAGCUGUAUGUAUAAGUGUGAAAAUUCUUUUUUUUUUUUUAAUUUUAAAAAAUGUUUACUUGUUUUUCUUUUGUUUUUGUUUGUGCGUAACUCCAUUUGACUCUUGAAACUGUGCCACACUGACAUUUUAAGCUUAUUAUUAUUGUGUCUUCAUCUUUAAGCAGGUGCUGUUCAAAUGUUCAGGUGAAACACCAGAUUUUUUAAGUUCCACAUCUCUCAAUUUUAUUAUUAUUUUUUUAAAUCUUUUUUUUGUAAGUAUUCAUGUGAUGUUUUGUUGGUGCAGAAGUCGGGGUUAUGUCACGUGUGAAAGUUUUAAAAUUUUCUUUUUUUUUUCAAACAAAAUUGAAGUGAGUAAGAAAUGGCAAUAUUUUACUACUUUCAGUGUUUUUCUUUUCGGGGUGGACAAAUCACAAAUUCAUUAGCAAGCGCGCACCAGGCUAAAGGGUGGGGGGUGGGGUGAUAAAGUAUAACGACACAUGGGGCGCUAGCUAGUUAUGUGCAUUAAUAGACGUCUAAAUCAGUAAAUUCUUGUGAAACAAAUUAAUGACGGUCUUUAUCUGUUUCUAAAGAAAAACAAACUACAAAGUCGUCAAAGUUUCAACUAUGAGGUGUGACAUUCUGCCCCCGCAUCACGUCACACGUCAAAGAUGAUAUUCGAGUCUUGAAUUUCGUUCUUUACAUGUAAAACAUCUCCCUUGUGAACAUCUGUGGGAUGAUUUAUCUUUAUUUUGAAAAAAAAGAGAAGAAAAGCCGUGGCUAGUCUACUGAGCCGACUCGUUCAAUCAUUCUGUCGUCAGCGAUACGUCCACCUCAUUAGUAACGUUGUCUACUUCAGGUUAGUUUGCUUUAUGACUUUUUUUUUUCUUCUCGCAUAACUUUGUAAGACGGAACGCAGGAUUGUGCUGGAGGGAUGCUUGGAUAAAACAAAGUGCAUCUUUAAAUCUAGAAGUACGCAUCUACAAUGCAUCUGUAGAUCGGUGGAACUUGUUUCAUGGGUUGUACUUGCCUCAGGCAUUAAUGUCACCAAUGAGAAGGUGAAAUAAAAACCUUAACCCCAUCCACGCACUAUAGAACAAUAAUAAUAAUCCUGUUGAAUGUUAAACGAGCGCUGUUUGCUCAGCGGUGCAUUUUCUUUCGUAGGUCGCUAAACGACGAACAAACGGCACUCGAGCCUAUUAGUUGAGAAUAGGACACUGAUUGUAAGUUUUUUUUAUAUAUAUAAAUAUAUAUUUCUACAUUUGCAUCUUUUGUGGAGGUUUUAUGUCUUAUAGUAAGACUUACUUGAAUUGUAUAUGCAGCGGUUUUCUCACGUUUUGCUCGGGAAACUACCUUUCUACCUGUACACAAAGCUGUUCAUGAGAUCCCCUGGUUUGGAGAAUCAUUUCGACAACGUCGUUGAAACAGUAUUUAACUCUUUUGUAUUUAAUUCUCCUCUUCUUCCUGUUUUUCAUGCAAAGACUUUGGUUUUGUUCUCAAACUCGUCGGAAAACAAAGCGCGGCCCGGACUUGGACGUCCGCUAACGUCCGAGGCGAGAUCCGCCACUUUUGUUUUCUCAUCGGGAAGAUAUGGACUUGUAUUAAAGAGUCGGGGAUGAUUUGAAUCCUCAUGUUUCUUUAUUUCCGUUUAUUUCAUUUUUUUCAUGGAAAAGGUUGAACAGCGAUAAUUAUUAAUGCUGUACUUGUAGCAGUGGGAUGGCUGAGUUCAACCUCAAUUUCCCAAGUGAAUUUGUUAUUCUAAGGGGUUGAGAUGCUUUUAUUUUUUCCCCUUCUGUAUAACAGCUUUUUUUUUUCUUCAUGUCAAUGUCACCUGAAGGUUAAAACUCUUGUGUGUAUUCAGCACUGUCUGAUUUCUAAUUUUUCCCACCCACAAUCCAAGUCACUUUUGGGAAGAAAAAUCCAAACUGCAAGGGUUUUUUUUUUUUUUCCCCUUCACAAAGUGGGAUUUCUCGGUUAGCCGAGCGGGACUGUCCCCAACCUCUCUUCUCCAUUGGUCAGUCUCGUUUAACUGAGAAAGCUCACUUCCUCAAAUGACCCGCAGCCCCAGGGGUUUUCCCCCGGGACGAUGACAAACCGUAGAAGCACUUUACUGUACCAUGUGGCUGAUUUCAGUUCACUCAAAGCAAGACAUACGACUCGUUGUUGCAAGAUUUUGUAUUGUUUUCUAAUGAAAAGCAACAAUAAAAAAAACACUUUGAACCACAA